UCUGAAGAUAUUUAGGGGAUUGCACUUGGGUGGCGGGAAGUUAAUAGUAACCACCAAGAAUAGGGAAACGUCAAGGAAACUCCACAGGUUGAGUCACUGGGAUAUAGGCAGGGAGGUGAGAGUCCAGGCAGGAGGCACCGGCAGAAUUCCUUUCUCCAAACCCACCAGGGCGCCUAAGUCAUCAGGACACUGCCUGGCCCAGGGCAUAUUCAAGGUCCUGCAGGAUGCUUCCUGUUACACCCCUCCUCCCAGCAACAUCCUUCAUUGCAAAAUUUCCCAGAAGGGAGUGGAUGGAGUGGUUGGGUGAAAGAUUGGUGGGGAGUGACCAGGGUUCACAGAGGAGGAAAUAGAGUGACUUUCCAGGGUUACAUAAACUCUCAGAGACUGGCAAGGGGUGUGUGGAGCCUAGAAGCCCAGGAGUGCCGCGGAAUAUAGCAAAGAAGCCAGCGAAGCCGAAGCCCUUCCUCCCAGAGCCGGCCGCGGACGCCAAGGCUCCGAGGACCCACCUAUCAACCAUGGUGCGCGCGCCCUGCCUGCUGCUGCUGCUGCUGCCGCCACUGCUGCACGUCUCUGCGGACACACCAGAGCCCUGCGAGUUGGACGAGGACGAUGUACGCUGCGUCUGCAACUUCACGGGUCCACGGCCCGACUGGUCCAGCGCCUUGCAGUGUAUGAGUGCUGUGGAGGUGGAGAUUCGUGGCGGCGGCCACAGCCUGAAACAGUUUAUAGAGAUCACCGACACAGACCUGAAGCAAUAUGCUAACACGAUCAGGGCUCUGCGCUUGCGGCGGCUCACGGUGGGAGAUGCACAGGUUCCUGCUCGGCUUCUGUUCGCCGUCCUGCGUGGGCUCGGGUACUCCCGCCUCAAGGAACUGACGCUGGAGGACUUGGUAGUAACCGGCACCACGCCGCCGCCGCCUCUGGAAGCCACUGGCCCUGCGCUUGCCACCCUCAGUCUCCGUAACUUGUCGUGGGCAACAGGGAAUGCCUGGCUUGCCGAACUGCAGCAGUGGCUCAAGCCAGGCCUCAAAGUACUGAACAUUGCGCAAGCACACUCGCUCGCCUUUUCCUGCGCAGAGCUCCGCGCCUUCCCGGCGCUCACCACCUUAGACCUGUCUGACAAUCCCGGACUGGGCGAGCGUGGACUGACUGCAGCUCUCUGUCCGCACAAGUUCCCCGCCCUUCAGGAGCUGGCACUACGCAACGCGGGGAUAGAGACGCCCAACGGCGUGUGCGUGGCGCUGGCGGCGGCAGAUGUGCAACUCCAGCACCUAGACCUCAGCCACAACUCGCUGCGCGCCUCUGCGCCGGGCUCUGCCGGGUGCGUCUGGCCCAGCGCACUGAGCUCUCUCAACCUGUCGUUCGCUGGCCUGGAGAAAGUGCCUAAAGGACUGCCGGCCAGUCUCAGUGUGCUUGAUCUCAGCUGCAACAGGCUGAACAGGGCACCGCGGCCAGACGAGCUGCCCAAGGUGACUAGCCUGACAUUGGACGGGAAUCCCUUUCUGGACCCUGGAGCCCCCACCCCGAAUGACUCCGGUGUGGUCCCAGCCUGUGCGCGUUCGACCCUGGCCGUGGGGAUGUCAGGAACUCUGGUGGUGCUUCAAGGGGCCGGGGCCUUCGCCUAAGGCCCAGGAGAGAACAAUGAAUUGGCUCAGAUUGCCCUUGCUCCUGGGGGGGAGCCUCAUCAGGACGUCUCAACCAACCAACCUUCUGCCCCAUCUUCAUUAAAAUCUUAAAGAUGUCAUGUUUACUGU